AGUCCUUAAGAGCCAGUGUUCCAGAGGAAUCCUGGCUAACAUUUCCCCGUAAACCGCCUCAAGCCCCGCUCCGCCGCUAGGAGGGGAGCGGCGGGAACUGCGCAAGCGCGGCGCCGCCGACCUCGCGGGGUUAACUUCCGGGGGUCGCACCGCCUGCUCUCCAGGCAGGGCUCUGGGCUCUCGUGUGUGCUUUGCCGCCUCCUCCCUGUGAUCGGCCCGGCGGGACCGACCCGAGCCGAGCCAUGGGGCCUGCAACGGGCCGGCCGUGAGCGCGGCCGCAGGAUGCGUCCCUGGCUCGGCUGCUGCAGUCGCCGCCGCCGCCGCCACAGGUCAGGAGGAGCCGCAGCGCGGGGCGACCCCGCCCGGGCCUCGGAUCCUAUCACAUAGGACAGCAUGCACCUUAAGAUCCUGAAGAAAAGGCGCAAAAUGUUCAAGUAAUGUUUCGAAAUCAGUUGUGAGGGCGCGUCAGGGAAAUCAUGCCGUCAUCAGGACACCGGCUCCGCGAUGUCGAACACCAUCCGCUCCUGACUGAAAAUGACAGUUACGACUCCUCGUCCUCCUCUUCCUCCGAGGCUGACGUGGCCGACAGGGUCUGGUUCAUCCGCGACGGCUGCGGCAUGAUCUGCGCCGUCAUGACGUGGCUUCUGGUUGUCUAUGCAGACUUCGUGGUGACGUUUGUCAUGCUGCUGCCUUCCAAAGACUUCUGGUACUCCGUGGUCAAUGGGGUCGUUUUUAACUGCUUAGCGGUGCUCGCCCUGUCUUCUCACCUGAGAACCAUGCUCACCGACCCCGGGGCAGUACCCAAAGGAAAUGCUACUAAAGAAUAUAUGGAGAGUUUGCAGCUGAAGCCCGGAGAAGUGAUCUACAAGUGCCCAAAGUGCUGCUGUAUCAAGCCUGAGCGCGCCCACCACUGCAGUAUUUGCAAAAGAUGUAUUCGGAAAAUGGAUCAUCACUGCCCGUGGGUGAACAAUUGUGUAGGAGAAAAGAAUCAGAGAUUUUUUGUGCUCUUCACUAUGUACAUAGCUCUGUCUUCAGUCCACGCUCUGAUUCUCUGUGGGCUCCAGUUCAUUUCCUGCGUCCGAGGGCAGUGGACUGAAUGCAGUGAUUUUUCACCUCCAAUCACUGUAAUCCUGUUGAUCUUCCUGUGCCUUGAGGGUCUCCUGUUUUUCACCUUCACUGCAGUUAUGUUUGGCACCCAGAUCCACUCAAUAUGCAAUGAUGAAACGGAAAUCGAGAGACUGAAAAGUGAGAAGCCAACUUGGGAACGGAGGCUACGAUGGGAAGGGAUGAAGUCUGUCUUUGGGGGGCCCCCCUCCCUCCUCUGGAUGAACCCCUUUGUUGGCUUCCGAUUUAGGCGACUGCAAACGAGACCCAGAAAAGGAGGCCCAGAGUUCUCUGUUUGAGGCCCCUGUCAUCAUGCUGGAACUUGCGAAUGGACUUUAAGUUAUUUAUUUGGGGUCUGAAAGGGUAUCAAUAGCUCAUCUGUGACCAAUAGGGCAAAUGGAACCUACACAAACCAAUUGCUUGCAGCAAGCAGCGUUUUAUAUAAAUUUACAGUCACAGAUUGCAGAUUUUCCAAACUGGUAACUGGAUGAUGAUGCUGUCAUCAGUUUUUCACCUGUACAACUAACGAAAGGGACGUGGCCACACGAAGAAGCCAAAUGUCAUUAUCUUCCUGCACAGUUAAGAUUUUUGUUAAGAGUACUUUGCAUUUUCUAACAAGUCGUGUGGGAUAUUACAUGGGUUAUUAAAAUCCUGUGUACUGAGCUGCUUUUUUCAAUCAUGAAGGAAAAAUGUCAAUCCAGUGAACAAGAAUUCUCCGAUGAGUGGUUUCAGGGAGUUCCUGUCGGCCCUGUGAUACCCCUUGGUCAGGAAGGGGCGUUUACGUAGAAAUACAUUUUGGUCUCCAUUAGCUCUGACACUUUGCACUGAAGUUGCAAAAUAUCUGUGCACUGAACAGUGAAGGCGGCAUCAGGUACACGUAGGCCCACUGCCCCAAAAGAGGCAUUCUUUGACCCUGCAGCAAGUCUGUGUGUGUGUGUGUCUGUGUGUGUGUGUGUGUGUGUGCACGCGCGUGCACACGUGUUUUAAACUUGACAGUGUCGUUUAGACAGUGUAAUCAUUAGUGGUUGUGUGCAGCAAACAAGCUAUUUUUUAGAAACCGACAUUUCAGGGAAGCGGGGAGAGCUGCCCGGGGAUCCUCCUCCCGUGGGGCUCAGUAUGAAUGUAUUGCAAACUGGAGAAUAUCUUGAUCCAAAGAACAAUCAUUCCUAUGUGGUCCUUUGUUGCCCUCCUGUUUUCGUUUUAUCUUAAAAAGCUUGAAUGUGUGAGGGUCUUGGAACUGACUUUUCGUUCCCAGCCAAAUGAGCAAUGUGCGAACGGCACCUCAGUGAGAGAAGAACAAAGUCUGUUGGCGGCCUUCACCUUGUGCACACUGACACUUCUGCAGCUUGGUGGGUAUGUAGGAGAAGGGGCAGGCACCGCA